AGGAAGUGGGUUGUAACAUGUCGCUAACACAUUCAAGCAGCUACAUAGCUUUAAUUUGCAGCUUGUAUGAAGAACAUUAGCGACACUUUGAGUUCCCCUGACUGAAGCGUUAGACAACAACACUGUAUAAACAAUACUUACUAAAGAGGCACGUGCAGGCGGUUCGUGAACAUGUCUACAGGUUAUCCCACACCUGUUUACUCCCAUGCUGGACGAGGAGACUUCAGAGACGUUUACGAGCCGGCGGAGGACUCUUUUCUCCUGAUAGACGCCCUGGAGAAAGACGCAGACAGGCUGCAGCUGAUGAGCCCGUGUGUGUGUUUGGAGGUGGGCAGUGGCUCAGGAGUGGUGUCAGCUUUUCUGGCAUCAGUGGUUGGACCUUCAGCUCUGUAUGUCUGCACUGAUGUGAAUCCUGCAGCAGCACAGUGCACAGCAAAGACAGCUUCUUGUAACAACGUUUCAUUGCAGCCCAUCAUCACAUCCCUGGUGGAGAGUCUUCUGCCUCGUUUAAGUGGGAAAGUGGAUGUUCUUCUCUUCAACCCUCCCUAUGUGGUCACACCUUCAGAAGAGGUUGGCAGCACAGGUAUAGAGGCUGCCUGGGCCGGCGGGAAGCGAGGACGAGAGGUGACCGACAGAUUGCUGCCUGUGGUGGAGCAGUUACUGUCUAGUAAAGGGUUAUUCUACCUCAUUACCAUCGCUGAGAACGAUCCAGAGGAGAUCAUCUGUUUACUGGGCAAAUGUGGCUUGAGGGGAGAGUCAUGCUUGUCGACGAGAGCUGGAAAUGAGAGGCUGUCCGUCCUGCGCUUCCAAAGGACGUGACAAACAUGGACCUCUCCUGACAGGAUUACAGGACCUUUGAACUGACUGGGAAACAGGACAGUAUUUCCUACAAGAAAGAAAACUGCAAGAGAUUCACCAGAGUUGGUGUAAAGAACAUUUUCUGAUUAUAGUGAUGCACAAAAAAGCACAGCUUGAGUAACAAACUAUUUUGUUUUGUGUGACAGAACUAAAGUGCCUCUGAUGACCUCAAAUGACCACUUGUAUAUCAGUGAUUUACCCCAUGUUAUGUUGAAUUAGUGAAGAACACUUUGUUUUUCUCACAUGACUCAACAGUGAACGAAGAAUCCAAAAACUGAGAAAAUUCUUGAUGAACUGAAGUUAAAGGUGUCCGUAUUGAACAACAGUGAAACUACAUCAGAACAUCUCUUUACAAACACUCACACAACUCGUGUGGUCUCGUUUAGCCAGACGUAUGCUCAGUAUUUCCUAAACAAACCUAAAUAUUUUAAACUGCUCUCCUCAAGGCUGGACUCCAUCGACAAAAAUAGUAAUUUUAUCAAGAUAAAAAUGGGAGGUUAAAGGGUUGGUUCGGAUUUUCUGAAGUCCAACAAUAACACAAACAAAGUAACCCGUCAAGGCAGAGGGAGACCAACAGCUCCCAUGUACAGCGAGGUAAAGUAAGUGUUUUUGUCAGUGGAGUCUGGUUUGAAGAAGGCUGUGGGUUUGUGACUGGAUAAUUGAGACUUGGAUUAUACUGCAAUUAACAUUAACAGUCAAACAUACAGUGUGAAAAUUCCAAGCACUGACCAUCCACCACAUCUGCAGUUUUUCAGGGACUUGAUCGUUAUUUAUAUGAUGUCACCUGACUUUGGUCUUAACGUUCUGUACCAAGUUAUUUAGGAUUUUUCGACAUAUACUACGAUUUUUUAAAUUAGUUAUACAGUACAAGGACUUCAUUUAUUUAUUUUUUUAAUGUGUUGUCUAAAGGAGCAAGAGAAAACCUUCAAAGAGGUGCCUUCAAGUGUCUCCAGCUCAUUAGCUCAGGGAGACAGCGGACCGGUUUGAAGGUUGGAGGAUCAGGGUUCAAUUCUCAGGUGAACUAUCAGUCUGCCAGCUGCCCAAAGAUUUGGGUUCGAAUCCUGUCUGUUGUCAGUACCUGGAGCAAACCAGAUAGUCCUUCAGUAGUGGGGGCGGGAGGGGGCAGUGUUUGUGCAGAGGUACAAAUGAGGGGUUAUGCAACAAAAUACCAAAACAGGCUCAAAAUUUCAAAAGAAUUUUGAGAUGACACUACUUGGCUAAGCUUUGGGCAGGUCAGUAAGUGCUGUUGUGACCACCUGCCAGAAUAAAGUUGUUAAACUUUCUUCUUAAA